UCAUAUUUUUUUAGAAAUAUAUUUCCAAAUUGAGCAAUAAUUACGAUUCAUCUAUUCCUAUUGAAGGCAAGUCCAUUUUCUCAAGAUUGCUCUUCUAGUUUUUCUGGCCGGGCUUAAUUUUGCUUCCCUUUAAUGCAGGAAUUAAGAAAAUGAAUUCAACCAUGUCAUCUUUGAAUCCCCAUGCAGCAUCAUACAUACCACUGAACAAGAAAGAAGAGGAGGCUAACCAUGAAACUGCUCUGUUCAAUUCUCCUUCUGAAGGCCACAACGGGACGGCACAGUUCUAUUUCGAAGGCGGUGAUGCUUCUUCUGACUUUAGCAUCCAUGACAUUGAGGCUCUUGUCAUUGACAAUGGUCUGGAAAAGAGUGGUUUACAGCAGAAGAUCAGCAACCAGGCUGAAGUGCAGUACAUAGAUGAAGAUUCUGAGAUACAUCUGGCUUAUCUGUCAUUCAUGUUUCCAAACAUAUCAGAACAUUGCCUUGCUCAUGUUCACUCUGCUAAUGAUGAUGACUUGGAAGCCUCGAUCAACAUGCUGUAUGACCUGGAGUGCUUCCCUGUUGCUGCUUCUAAAUCUCUUCCAGUCAGCUCGGAUACUACCGGUGAUGAUGAUGCAUCAGAACUUGAAGUUACGGAAAGAGAAAAGUAGAGAGAGAGAGAAGAGAGCAUGGUGGGUUUCUGUGGAUGUUUUGUUGUAAGAAGUAGGAGGGUCCCUUGAUGAUGAGUUUCUUUUGUACAAUGUUUACUCUGUGUAGUUGCUUCUUUUACACACAAAAAAACAAAAAACCAUAAUUGCUCAUUACAAUGAAGAGUACAAAUUUGUUA